CCUGCUAUGUAACGCCAACAUCAAUUGGUUACUACGCCUACUUCCGGCCUGAUUAACCAAUUAAAUGAUACUUUACAAACCAACUUGCUUAUUCUUUUUUUCAACAUGGCUUCUGCUGCCGCUAACGGUGUUUUGCAACGGUUUCAUCCCUUUCUCAAGAAAUUUCCUCUCUCUAAUGCCAUAAACACUGUAUUUACUAGGAAAUUACACUCGAAAGAAUUGAAAAAAUUUUACAAGACUGCAACAAUUUCUCAAAAUAAUGGUCAGUUUGAAAUCAACCUCGACAAGCGUAAACUUCGGACACCUCUUGGUAACGUCUUCAUUGUUCCUAAUGAAAGCUUGGCCUUAGCUGUUGCUACUGAAUGGAAUGGUCAAAAGAAUGCAAUCAAACAAAACAAAAUGAAUUUGACCAUGUUAUGUAACACAGCUAUUGACAACCCAUUGCAACGUUCUAAAACAGAUCUGAUCCGGUCAAUUCUACAUUAUUUGGAAACAGAUACAUUGUGUUAUCGAAUGUCUGAACCUGAGGACUUAUUGGAAUUGCAGAAACAAAAGUGGGAUCCAAUUAUUGACUGGUUUAAAAAUCGAUAUAACGUACCAAUUGAGACGACUACAACGUUUGCUUUGCCUUGCAUCUCAGAUGCUACGAUAGGUGGAAUACACACACAACUGAAUUCAUACACCAUGUGGGGGUUAACAGGUAGAUGUUACUUUUGAUGUUUAAAUUUUCCC